AUGCGUGGUGACAACGAAGGUCUAGGUGGCGUCGGCGGCUCCAUGGAUGGCCACGCCGGUGACAAUGUGGUCGAACAGUUUCUAAUCCCACAAGCCGACAACACGAAUCCACCCCUCCGUUCGGAACAAAAGCAUGAGCACAGCGCUGGGCCCGCUGCUAGAGACGAAACCGGCGACGCAUACCACGGAGGAUACACAAAUGGGACCGCCGCGAUGCCGAUCCUCGAUAAUGCCAACGGCGGUAAUCAGAGCGCGGAGGGUCCCGCCGGACUUGAUGGCUCGCUCAAAUCGGCAGACCAAGACAUCAGCCCUGCUUGGCCUUGCGACAUGUCUGAUAAUAAUACGGUGGUCCGACAGGACCCAGUGAUUCGGGAGUAA